UGUUUACCCUUCUCUCAGACACGAACGUCUUGAGGAACGCCCGUCAGUUGUCGGCGGACCGUCACCCAUGGCUUUCCUGUUGUGCAUAGCGUUGCUGGUAAGUGCCGCCGCCGGUGCCGAAGAAGGGCAGCUGAGACUCCUGGUCGGGACCCGGGUCACGACGCACGAAGGGCGGGGAAACGUCGAGGUCUUCCACGCCAACCGUUGGGGCCCCGUCUGCGAUGACGAAUGGGACUCACGGGAAGCUGACGUUGUGUGUCGGAUGCUGGGCUUUCCCAAUGCGUCACAGGCGACGAGGGACGCGCACUUCGGCAAAGCGCUCAGGCCCAUCUUGAUGGAUAACAUGUAUUGUACUGGCGAGGAGCUUCACCUGAUGGAGUGUCAGUUCGACGGCUGGGGAGUACACGACUGUGGCCGCGAAGAGACUGCUGGCGUCAUCUGCAAGCUUCAGGACGAGAUGACGACGACAACAGCUCCACCCCGCCCGCCAGCUAAGAAGAAAAUUCGUUUCAGAAGCCGGAGCAGUGUGAAGGUACGCCUGGCGGGUGGUCGCGACCGCAAUGAAGGUCGUCUUGAGGUGUACCUGCCCAAGCGUGGGUGGGGCCUCGUGUGCGGCGACGGCUGGGGAGUCUUGGAGGCAAUGGUGGUCUGCCGUCAACUCGGGCUUGGCUACGCCCAGGCAGCAGUGCAGAGCGAUGCCUUUGGUGGUAUAAAUGAGACAAUGAUGCUCAGUGGAGUCGAGUGCAGGGGGUACGAGAAGAACUUGGCCGACUGCAAGCAUGAUCAACUCGGAGAUGUCACAUGUCCUGGAUUAUAUGAAAACAUUGCUGGUGUAAUGUGCACUGAUCGUUUGGCAGACUUGGUGAUCGAUGAACUGGAAGUCGAGCGAUCUGCGUAUCUUGAAGAUCGGCAACUGCUGUAUCUGCAGUGUGCCAUGGAGGAGAACUGCCUUUCUUCUUCUGCGUACGCCCUCCGGAGUGAAUCGGGAUGGCUGUACGAGAGCAGACGUCUCCUCAGGUUUACGGCGCGAGUGGCCAACGUGGGAAGUGCAGUCUUCAAACCGUUUCUGCCUAAGAACGCCUGGUUGUGGCAUUCCUGUCACAUGCACUACCAUUCCAUGGAAGUAUUUGCCCACUUCGACGUGCUAGACAUCACCGGCAGAAAGGUGGCUGAAGGGCACAAGGCAAGCUUCUGCCUGGAGGACAAUGUGUGCCAGCCAGGCAUCGACAAGGAGUUCGCUUGUGCAGACUACGGUGACCAGGGCAUUUCGAUUGGCUGCACUGACACGUACGCUCACAACAUUGACUGCCAGUGGGUGGACAUGACGGAUGUACCUCACGGCUACUACAUCUUCAGGGUUUCCAUCAAUCCAGAAUACAAGAUGUCAGAACUAAGCUUUGACAACAAUGCUGCCACUUGCGACCUGCUGUAUACUCAAACUUACGCUUCAGUAACAAACUGCACACUAGGAAGACCAUGAGUUUACAAAUAGAAUAUGUUGUAUAGAAAAAAAAAAUUGCAAAUUCCACUGGUCAAUCCAGAGCAAGCACACGAAUCUGUUACACGGCCAACGAAAUCCAGCACUGAGGGGUUCAAAUCCACUGGCGGAAAACAAGCAAGUUUCAGCCAAGAUCCUGGCGGAGGUCUUUCCCCGCACCUGGCAAACUCGGCGAACCAGCAUGAGAUCCAGAAGUGAUGAAAGUGAUUCUGUGGAGCUCCUGCUGAAUCCGAUCAUUCUCGGCUCAGCAAGAAAGAGCGCUCCGCUUCGGAGCGAGCUGAUGUGAAAUUACUAGCCAAACACGUGAAUACGCUCCGGAUCGACCAGUGGAAUACGACGCAAGUUUCAGAGGGCAUGUUACUGUGAGUACGUUAUAGCAUUUGGUCAUUGUGUGAUCAUUAAAACCAUUGCAGAAGCAA